AUGACGUUCUUCCACUUCGUUAAUUGCAUCGCUCUCGCAUAUGCUCCAUAUUUUAUAAUUUACAAGUAUUCCGGCCUCUCCGAAUACAGCAGUUUAUGGAAGUUGGGCCAAGCGGCCAUCGGCUAUUUGUUGACACAACUCGCCAAGUUGCUACUACUGGCAACAUUUUUCCCCGCUUCCGACCCAUCCGAAGGUUUCGCAUUCGUUUCGGAGCUCUUAAAAAGCAGCGCUGAUAUUGUUGACAUUGUCGGAUUGCAUCUCAUCAUUGGCUAUUUUAUGACUGGAAAGAGCGAGGUGCGAUUUAUGACAGCCGGCGUUGGAUGGGCUUUCGCUAACUCGAUCGCCAGUCGGAUUGUGCUCUUCUGGGUUGGAGCUAGGGGAACCGCCUUCAGCUGGAGAUAUAUCCAAUCGGCAAUCGAUUCUUCGUCAGAUUUGGCGUUCUGGAUUGCAGUAGCCUGCCUUUCGUGGCUCGCGGGAAGGGAAAAUGCUCGUCGAGUGAGGACAUACUUUUUGCUCAUUGUCGCCGUCUUUCAUACUUUCAUUUUCCAAAUCCUCUCCGUUUAUUGCGGUGUUGGUGGAUGGAUGAUGGUUGUGUUCCGGGUAGUUUAUUCAAUUCUUCUCGGAUUUGGUGCCAUCGCUGCCUACUCACAAGUUGGUCAAGUUCAAAUGAAGCGAGAU